UGGUGUGCUGCUGGCUCAUUAGGGGUUGCAGAGUGGUGUGCUGCUGGCUCAUUAGGGGUUGCAGAGUGGUGUGCUGCUGGCUCAUUAGGGGUUGCAGAGUGGUGUGCUGCUGGCUCAUUAGGGGUUGCAGAGUGGUGUGCUGCUGGCUCAUUAGGGGUUGCAGAGUGGUGUGCUGCUGGCUCAUUAGGGGUUGCAGAGUGGUGUGCUGCUGGCUCAUUAGGGGUUGCAGAGUGGUGUGCUGCUGGCCCUUAGGGGUUGCAGAGUGGUGUGCUGCUGGUUCAUUAGGGGUUGCAGAGUGGUGUGCUGCUGGCUCAUUAGGGGUUGCAGAGUGGUGUGCUGCUGGCUCAUUAGGGGUUGCAGAGUGGUGUGCUGCUGGCCCUUAGGGGUUGCAGAGUGGGUGUGCUGCUGGCUCAUUAGGGGUUGCAGAGUGGUGUGCUGCUGGCUCAUUAGGGGUUGCAGAGUGGUGUGCUGCUGGCUCAUUAGGGGUUGCAGAGUGGUGUGCUGCUGGCCCUUAGGGGUUGCAGAGUGGUGUGCUGCUGGCCCUUAGGGGUUGCAGAGUGGUGUGCUGCUGGUUCAUUAGGGGUUGCAGAGUGGUGUGCUGCUGGCUCAUUAGGGGUUGCAGAGUGGUGUGCUGCUGGCUCAUUAGGGGUUGCAGAGUGGUGUGCUGCUGGCUCAUUAGGGGUUGCAGAGUGGUGUGCUGCUGGCUCAUUAGGGGUUGCAGAGUGGUGUGCUGCUGGCUCAUUAGGGGUUGCAGAGUGGUGUGCUGCUGGCUCAUUAGGGGUUGCAGAGUGGUGUGCUGCUGGCUCAUUAGGGGUUGCAGAGUGGUGUGCUGCUGGCUCAUUAGGGGUUGCAGAGUGGUGUGCUGCUGGCCCU